GGAGUUAAGAGGGACAUAAGAAGUUACCUCGAGCUUUGAAAUUUGAUAUGGUAAUAAUAAUUCAAGAUUGAAAAACGGACAGUGGUUUUCUGUGGAACCUUCGCAUGGAAUUGAUCAAAGCCGCUGUCACUGAACUAAACUCACACCUGAAGAUAAACUCUUGAGUGGGAAUGUGCGCAGCACUCGUCCUGGACCUGAAGACUUAAGUGGCUGCUAACGGAACACCGAGGUGGCAAGCUGUGAGGUUGGACGAUGGGCGAGCUUGAUGAUCAGUCCGGACAGCUCUUCGAGACUUUUAUCCAGGCGUCCACGUGCAAAGGCACCCUCCAGGCCUUCGGAAUACUAUGUCGGCAGUUGGACCUGGACCCGUCCCACUACAGUGCCUUCUACCGCAACCUCAAGAGCGCCGUCACCUCGUGGAAGGCUGAGCCGCUGUGGAAUAAGCUGGACAAGAGAGCCAGCCACAAGGAGUACAAGAAAGGCAAUGCCUGCCCAGACACAAGGUGUCUGAUUAUUGGGGGUGGACCCUGUGGCCUUCGCACAGCCAUCGAGUUGGCCCUUCUAGGAGCCAAAGUGGUCCUGAUCGAGAAGAGGGACACCUUCUCCAGGAACAAUGUGCUGCACCUCUGGCCCUACACCAUCUAUGACCUCAAGGAACUCGGUGCUAAGAAGUUCUACGGCAAGUUCUGCGCUGGAGCCAUAGACCACAUCAGUAUUCGCCAGCUCCAACUCAUGCUGUUGAAGAUUGCCCUCAUUGUCGGUGUGGAGGUGCAUGUCAAAGUUGAGUUUGUGAAGCUCCUGGAGCCACCAGAGGAUCAGGGCAGUGAUGGUCAUGGAUGGAGGGCAGAGAUUCGACCAGCCGACCACCCACUGGCCAGCUAUGACUUUGACGUGGUGAUCGGGGCAGAUGGCCGCAGGAACACACUUGAUGGAUUUCGAAGGAAGGAGUUCCGCGGGAAGCUGGCCAUCGCGAUCACUGCCAACUUUGUCAACCGCCACACCACGGCCGAAGCUAAGGUGGAGGAGAUCAGUGGGGUAGCCUUCAUCUUUAAUCAGAAGUUCUUUCUGGACCUCAGGGAAGAAACCGGUAUUGAUCUGGAGAACAUUGUGUACUACAAGGACGACACUCACUAUUUUGUGAUGACGGCAAAGAAACAGAGUCUUCUGGAUAAGGGGGUCAUUAUACAUGACUAUAUUGAAACUGAGAAGCUGCUAAGCAAUGACAACGUCAACCAGGAGGCCCUGCUGUCCUACGCCCGUGAGGCCGCCGACUUUGGCACCAACUACCAGCUGCCCUCUCUGGACUAUGCCAUCAACCAUUACAGCCAGCCUGACGUGGCCAUGUUCGACUUCACCUGCAUGUACGCAUCGGAGAAUGCGGCGCUCAUCCGCGAGAAGGCCGGACAUCAACUACUCGUUGCCCUGGUAGGGGACAGUCUACUAGAGCCCUUCUGGCCCAUGGGGACGGGCUGCGCUCGCGGGUUCCUGGCUGCCUUUGACACGGCCUGGAUGGUGCAAGGCUGGGCACAGGGGAAAUCCCCGCUGGACAUCCUCUCUGAGAGGGAAAGCCUCUACAGGCUGCUCCCACAAACCACUCCAGAGAACAUUUCAAAGAAUCUCGAACAGUACACGAUAGACCCAGCGACACGGUACCCAAACCUCAACUCCAGCUGUGUGCGGCCGCAUCAGGUAAAGCAUCUGUACAUUAAUGGUGAGCAGGACUCGAGUUUGCUGGAGCGGGGUGCUGCUGUCCGCAGAUCUGUGAAACGUAGAGAAUCCGAGAUCAGGCCCAGCCGACUGCUGUCCUGGUGCCAGAAACAGACUCAAGGCUACCGCGCUGUGGAGGUCACUGACCUCAGCUCCUCCUGGAAGAGUGGCUUGGCCCUGUGUGCCCUCAUCCACCACUUCAGACCGGAGCUUAUUGACUUCGAAUCCCUGAAUGAGGCGGAUUCGGAGGCCAACAACCAGCUGGCGUUCGACGUGGCCGAGCGAGAGCUGGGCAUCCAGCCUGUGACCACGGGCAAGGAGAUGGCUGUCGUGCAGGGGCCCGACAAGCUCAUCAUGGUGCUCUACCUCUCCAAGUUCUACGAGAAAUUCUACAGUGCCUCCCUGAGAGCCUCUGGUGCUGCCAGGGAAAAGGAUGAAAACAAUGAACACUAUUCAUCCAAGUCUAACAACCUAAUGAACCUCACACAGCCACGAAAGAGGAUUCCAAAGGACAAGAAGAAGCUGGAAGACAACGACUCCCAGAAUGCUAAACGGAGACGGAACUGCAGCUAUUUGGACGAGCUGUUAACCGGUCAGGCGAACUCCUCUGCAGAGGGCUCAGUUCGUUCUAUGGCGCACUUGCGGGCCAAGUUUGAGGAGAACGCCUCCGGCGGGCUUCCACGCAAACAGGGUACGACGCGGAAGGAGUUCCCGAUGGGCGUGGGCGGGAGCGACGUGUGCCACUCGUGCAAGAAGCGGGUGUACGUGAUGGAGCGCCUGAGUGCCGAGGGCUACUUCUUCCACCGCGAGUGCUUCCGCUGCGAAGACUGCCUGUGCACAUUGCGACUGGGUGGCCAUGCCUUCAACACCGGUCACGGCAAGUUCUACUGCAAGUUGCACUACUCUCAGUAUUUAGCCAACAACAAGAACCGAGGACGAGUGUCGGAGGGGACCGGGACAUCUUCGCUUGACGGCGGUGUGCUGUGCUCGUCCACCGACGAUCUGCAGGGCCAGUCUUCAGGAGUCCCACAACAGCAUACGACUUCUGAUGGCCCAAGCAAAGGAGCACAGAAGGCCUGGCUGGACCCAAUCAUGGUGGCUGAGCUACCAGAGGACCCUCAGCUAGAAAUGGACCAGCCUGGGUCCACCAUGGAGUGUCAGACGUCAGAACCAUUUUCCCUUCAGUCCUCUGAUUCUGGAUCUACCAGCUGCAGCUCGCUGUCAGAAGAGGCCAAGGGCCACGGUCCUGCUUCUAAGGGUGCCAAUAAGAACAACUACUGGAGAAGAAAAAUUCGGGCCACGCUACCACUGAUCCUGGUGAAGACAUUCGCCCGCGGAAGAGCUGCCGACAAGCAGCAGGGCCUCGCAGAAGAUGGAGAGUCCGACUUUGAAGAGAUUCACCAGCCUGAAAAGCAGGCCUCCUCAUCUACAUCUGAAAAACAUGCUGGCUCCCUGUCCAUCGAGGAGAAGUGCCCAGCACAGACUGAAGUGCCCACUCUCACCGACAACAGCCAGGGCCUUCCAGAGAGGCCUGACCCCAGCCUCACCACCUCCUCCUCCUCCUCCUCCUCCUCCUCAGCCUGCUCGUCCCAGCUGCAGCCUGGGCAGCAGGAGAAGGACCAGGAACAGCAGCAGCGGCCUGACUCCUCAGUCAGUCCCAAAAGGAGGCUCCUCCUUUCUUCGAAUGAGAAGGAGAAGCUGCUCAACUGGGAGUGGAGCCCUCAGAAGACUCCUCUAAGCCGUCGGACCUCAGGAAGGGUCCCCCGCGGGCCUUCAGCACUGCCGACGGGUGGAAAGCCCGAGUCCGCCCCGAAGACGACACCGACGCCAGAACCCACACCUGCGUCGCCUCAGUCCACCUUCCAAAUAUGGGCCAGUGUCCUCCGGAAGAGCAUCUCCGGAGGGUCCAGCCAUAAGGAGGGGUCCAGCCAUAAGGAGGCGUCUAGCGGCGCUAACGUGGUUCGGAGGACCAACCGUGUGCCUAAGGCCAGGCCGCUGUCCUUACCCGGAGGCUCCAUCAGUUUGGUGGACUCCGUGUUGGGGCCUGCGUCCCAGAGCCAGCUGGCGGCCUUCCCUGGAGAGGGAGAGCAGCAGCAGCAAGAGAAUGUCUCCACCGCCACGGAGAACGGCCACGGCGAGCAGAGGAGGGGCAGCGAGCUGACCAUGCUGCUGCAGCAGGUGGCCCUGAGCUCCAAGCCCCCCACCUCCGGCUCCAAAGACGACAUGGCCUUCCUGCCUCGCCGCAAGCUCAACUUCUUCUCCUCGCUCCGCGUAAGGAACAGGGAUGAGGUGGACGGAGGGAAAGGAGGAAGGAAAGGGCAAGAGGACAGCAAGGAUAAGGACAUCUGGACCAUCCUCUCCAAAUUCAGGAACAAAGCUAAUAGCCAGCCACAUGAUGAGGAAGAGGAGUAUGAGGAGGAAGAGGGGGCCAGCUCUUCUGAUGAAGGAGAGGAUCGGAUGCCUGACAAACCAAUGCGCAAGGGGAGCUUGAGUGAGCGGCAGAGGAGAAAGCAGGAGAGGAUUGUCCAGCAGCAGGCCAGACGAGAGCAUCUGAAGAGACUCCACAGAGCGCAGACGAUCCAGAGGCAGCUGGAGGAGGUGGAGGAGAAACAGCGAGCUCUAGAGGAGGAGGGGGUGGCUCUGGAGAAGGUCCUGAGGGGGGAGACAGACAAUGGGGAUUCCUCGGACGAGCUUGACCUCCUGCAGACCUGGUUUAAAUUGGUGCUGGAGAAGAACAAGCUGCAGCGCUAUGAAUCUGAGCUUGUGAUCUUUGCUCAAGAAUUGGAGCUCGAGGACACACAGAGUCAACUUCAGCAGGACCUGCGAAGCAGAAUGGCAGUUGAUGACUCCUUGAAGAGUGCUACAGACCUGAGCGAGGAGCAGGAGAUUCUGGUCCACAUAAUGCAGGUGGUGGAGAAACGUGAUCAGCUGGUGAGUCUCCUGGAGGAGCAGCGACUGAAGGAGCGGGCUGAGGACCAGGACCUGGAGAGCAUGGUGCUGUCCAAAGGGUACCGGUUCCACUGGACCUAAGGGACAGCAGCAUUCAGUCUCGACUCCUUGUGGAACUGAUCAAUGGCUAGAGCAAUAGACUCGGAGAGUUGAAGUGAUUCUGCAUAUGAAUUAUGUUUUAUCGUUUUAAGACUUUUAAAAUUCAUCCCACUGUAUCAUUGCUGUGAUGCCUGCUGAAAUUGUAACAUUUGGAUAUAUGGGUUGAAACAGAUUUUUUUGUUUGUUUGUUUGUUCAUGUGUUUAUAUGUAUGGUUGGUUAUUAGGUGUUUUUAAAUACCGUCUUCCUGAGGUGCCACUGCUCUGGUUUCCCAUUUAAAAUCAUACCGGUAAAUUAAUGUAAAGACUUGCCUUUCAUGAAACCAAGGGUCAUACUGAAAUGGCGCUUUUCGUUUUAUGUGUGCAAUAUUGUCCAUUUGAAUGCAUUCACUCACAAUGUGGUAGAAUAGAUUAUGUUCUCCGUCCAAGCACCAACUCUAUAGGUAAAUAUUUAAAACCACCUUUUCACUUUGUGUGUUGUGUGUCUUUUCAGAAAGAGAGAUGUGUUCAGCACGAGUUCUUUAGGUGUUUUCUUUUACAUUACGAUCUCUCUUGAAUUUCCUAUUUGAAAGAUGUUGUAUUGUUUUCCUAAUUAACACUAAGAUGUCAGACCAUAGUCGUAUAUUAUCUAAUUGCAGGUAUUGCACAAGAUUUUCUUUAAGGAAAUGCUAUUUUACUGCUGUAAACAUUUUCAUUUUUUUGUGAGAAAUUGUUGGCUAGCUGUAUAUUUAUUUCCUCAUGUCUGAAACACUGCCAAAUGUUUUUUUUGUGUUAAUUUAGGAUGUUUGAUUUAUUUUACUUAAUUUAAUUCAGAAAUGUUCACUAAAUUGUGUUUAUCUAUACCUACGUAAUUUAUUUAAUAAAAACUGUUUAAAACUCUA